CUGAUCAGUGAUUGGUUGUAGUGUUCUUUAUAAUCCCGUCCUUCUAAGGGUUUUCCAAAGUCGACUUCCAUGUGCAGUUUGGUGUAACUCAAAAGCCCACCUUAAACGCCAACGCGUCAGCCAAAGGCAUAAAGUAUACUGCUGUUGUAUAGCAACAGGUCGACCUAAACAUGUCCGGACUUCAUUGUCAUUUGAUUACGGCUUCGCUGGUCAUCAGCUUGAUGUGCAUCAUGGAAGUUUGCACUGAGGUGUGCUUCAAGGACAGUUCUGACGCUGUGAACAGCGAACUUUGCUUUUCCAACCGCCUGGGAUGCUGGGCCGAGGACCCCAAGCUGUACCCACGGAAACCGUCGGAGCAGGACAAUCACUUCUUCCUCUACACACGAAACAACGCUGACAGCGUCGAGCUCAAGUGGGAUGAUGCCAGCUCGUUGGGCGCUUUCGAUGCCCAACGGAGGACGGUGGUGGUUGCGCAUGGUUUCCGUAGCAGUCCUGACCGUAAAGGCUUCAAGGGAAUCCGUGAAGCCGUUUUGCGGGAGUCUGACGUCAAUGUUAUCAUGGUGGACUGGAGAAAGGCCGCAGCGGGGUUACUAAAGUACCCCCAGUGCCGCGUGAAUUCUAGGCUGGUCGGGCGUCAACUUGGCAUCCUACUGAAGCUGUUGCAUGACCACCGGAACCUAGACUAUGCUCAUGUACAUAUCGUGGGUCAUAGCCUAGGAGCCCACCUUUCUGGAUUAGCUGGGAAGUAUUUGGGAGGUCAGGUCGGUCGUAUAACUGGACUUGAUCCAGCCAAGCCAGACUUCAAAGACUACACCCAUAUUCCCGAUUGUAUUCUGGAUAAAACUGAUGCACAGUUUGUUGAUAUCAUCCAUUCUGACAGAGGACACAGUGUCUAUGGAUUGCAAACGGCGAUCGGUCAUCAGGACUUCUACCCAAACUAUCAUAAGUUUAAUCAGAUAGGGUGUAAUUACUUCAAUACCUUGACUGGCUGCGCUCAUACGCGUGCUGUCGACUUCUUCAUAGCGAGUGUGGAACACCUCCGAGACCCGUCCACAGAGUGUGACUACUCGACUAAGCCUUGUGAUGGGAGCAACUGUCCCAGUAGUGGCUGCCCCAAAAUGGGCAUCGAGGCUAGCCCUACUGGGGAAGAGCCUAAAUCCUAUUGUCUAAAGACAAAGUGUUACAAGUGGUGAUCGAGUCGAUCAAGACCACGUAAAUACCCGAAAUAGUUUCGUUGCCAAAAUGGGGUCUUUUUACUGUCAUGAUUGUAUCUGACAGAUUUUGUCACCAUAAUGCUAGCGUUAGUAAAAAUGCACGUUAUUUGGCAAGUUAUUAUUCUACUGAAGAGAAAUAAAUGUCCCGAAAUGGUAAGCCGAAAUUAAGUACACGUUUUGGUAUAAUCGUCUUUUCAAUAUAAUUAUAAUACAUAAAAUCCCCUAACGUUAAUGUUGGCCUUUCCAGAAGUAUUGCUGAUCUUUUAGAGUCUUUUACUUCAUAGGCAAAAAAAAAUAAAGUUAGAAAAAUUGACUCAUUAUUUCUAUUACGUCUUCAUUGCAUGAAAUUGUUAUGGGCUCUUGGUUUUCAGUUGGAGUUAGGUAAUUGUUAAGAUUCGUGAAAAUAGACAUUCGUUCACCGAAUUUCGAAUGGGUAAAAACAUUUUAUGGUCAAAGGGAAAUUAACAUUUUGGGUGUAUUGUCAAUUUGGAGAAUAAUUUUGUGCAACAAAGUGGAGGAUCAGAAUUUGUUUUUUGGUAUUUCGGUGGCGACUUUACGUAUUCGCCAUGCCUAACAUGUUAAAGAAUUUUAAAGAUAACUUGCUAUUACUGAGGGAAUAAACAUGUGCUUUGGAGAAUGAA